AUGAACCUGCACCAGGUGCUUACCGGGGCGGUGAAUCCCGGCGACCACUGCUUCUCUGUGGGCAGCGUCGACGAACAACGCUUCACGGCUUAUGCAUCUGGAUGUGACAUUGUAAUACUGGGAAGUGAUUUUGAAAGAUUACAGAUAAUCCCAGGAGCUAAACAUGGAAAUAUUCAAGUAGGAUGUGUAGACUGUUCAAUGCAACAAGGCAAGAUCGCAGCAUCCUAUGGAAAAGUUAUCUCUGUUUUUGAACCAAUUAACCCACCGAAGGAAAAGAAAAAUUUGGAACCAUAUAGUCAGUGGCAAAAAACUGGCCAAAUUUUUCUGGAGUCAAUAGCACACAAUAUAACUUGGGAUCCCACAGGUAGUCGUCUUCUAACUGGUUCCAGCUGUUUGCAACUCUGGUCCAAUGCUAAUCUGGAGAAGGUAAAUGAAGAGGCAAAUCCAGAUAAGACAGAUCUUACCUUUGGGGAUUGGAGAUGCAUCUGGCAUUGCAAAACUGCUUCCCAAGUACAUUUAAUGAAAUUUUCACCAGAUGGAGAAUUUUUUGCAACUGCUGGGAAGGAUGACUGUCUUUUAAAGGUAUGGUAUAAUGUAGAAAACUGGCGGACAGCUGUAACCUCUCCAGAUACAAGUUCAGAGAAACAAUCCCAAGGGGAAAUUGACUUUUCAUUUGUAUAUCUGGCCCAUCCUCGAGCUGUAAAUGGAUUUUCCUGGCGUAAGACAAGCAAAUAUAUGCCUAGGGCUUCUGUCUGUAAUGUACUGUUGACUUGCUGCAAAGAUAACGUUUGUCGUCUUUGGGUGGAGACAUUUUUACCAAAUGAUUGUUUGCUAUAUGGAGGUGACUGCAACCAUUGGACUGAACCAAUUAAUUUACCAAAUAACUUCAAGAGAAAUGCUUCCAGUAAAGAACGAGUUCAAAAUGCUUUAGAAGUUAAUUUGAGACAUUUUCGUAGAGGUCGAAGAAGAUCACUUGCACUUGUAGCACAUACCGGCUACCUGCCUCAUCAGCAGGAUCCACAUCAUGUUCACAGGAACACCCCAUUGCAAGCCAAUGCACUUUGCCAUUUUCAUAUUGCUGCCAGCAUCAACCCAGCCACAGACAUUCCACUUCUUCCUUCUAUUACAUCUCUAAGUCUGAAUGAAAAUGAAGAGAAAAGCGGACCUUUUGUGGUACACUGGCUAAACAAUAAAGAAUUACAUUUAACUUUGUCCAUGGAAGUCUUUUUACAGCAACUUAGAAAAAGUUUUGAGCACCAAUCUUCUGAGGCCAGUGUAGAUGACUACAAUCAGGUUGAUGUAAAAACUGAUGAAGAAAUGGAUGAUGGUGUUGAUCUGAAAAUAAAUCAUGAAAAGAAGGAAUCGGACAGCAAUAAGAUCAUACCAGACUCAAGUUUUGUACCAUUACCAUCAGCUGCUAUUGAUCAUCAGAUUGAAGUACUUCUGUCUGAGUGGAGUAAAAAUGCAGACAUGCUAUUCAGUAUUCAUCCCAUGGAUGGUUCUUUGUUGGUUUGGCAUGUAGAUUGGCUGGAUGAAUACCAGCCUGGUAUGUUUCGCCAAGUGCAGGUGUCCUUUGUUUCCAGAAUUCCUGUAGCUUUUCCCACAGGUGAUGCAAACUCUCUCUGUAAAAGCAUAGUGAUGUAUGCCUGUACGAAGAAUGUUGACUUGGCUAUUCAGCAAGGCAAACAAAAACCUUCUAGUCUCACACAUUCCACAUCAAUGCUUAUCUCUUCUGGUCAUAGUAAAUCAACUAAUAGUUUAAAAUUAAGUAUUUUCACCCCAAACGUUAUGAUGAUUUCAAAGCAUGCCGAUGGUUCUCUCAAUCAGUGGCUGGUCAGUUUUGCUGAGGAAUCUGCUUUUUCUACAGUUCUCAGUAUUUCACAUAAAUCCAGAUAUUGUGGGCAUCGCUUUCAUCUUAAUGAUUUAGCUUGCCAUUCAGUAUUACCAUUAUUGUUGACAACGUCACACCAUAAUGCAUUAAGGACACCAGAUGUUGAAAACCAAAAGCAACCUUAUGCUGUCAAUAAUGAAGAAUGUUCUUUGGGACAACAGAAUAAAAGCACCAUUGAUGUGGUAUUCCAGGAUCCUAACGCAGUUUAUAGUGAGCUAAUUCUCUGGAGGGUUGAUCCUGUUGGACCAUUGUCUUUUUCUGGAGGUGUUUCUGAGCUUGCCCGGAUUAAUUCUCUUCAUGUUUCUGCCUUUUCCAAUGUGGCAUGGCUGCCCACUCUUAUACCCAGUUACUGUCUAGGUGCAUACUGCAACUCUCCUAGUGCAUGCUUUGUAGCAAGUGAUGGACAGUAUCUGAGAUUAUAUGAAGCGGUUAUUGAUGCCAAGAAACUUUUAUAUGAGCUUUCUAACCCUGAAAUUUCUAAAUAUGUUGGUGAAGUAUUUAACAUCGUAAGUCAACAAUCGACAGCCAGACCAGGAUGCAUUAUUGCAUUAGAUCCCAUUACCAAACUGCAUGGCAGAAAAACACAACUGCUUCAUGUUUUUCAAGAAGAUUUCAUUUUGAAUAACCUUGAGAAGAAAUGUUUGGGAAAGGACAGCAUUUUAUCUGAUGCAGGCAACUCACCAAAUAUCUUCUCUGAAAAAUUCUACUUAAUUGUAAUAGAGUGUACUCAAGACAACCGGUCAUUGUUACACAUGUGGAAUUUACAUUUAAAGUCCGUUCCUGUCUCAUUGGAUGAACAAAUAGAUAAAAAAAAAUCGGAAGCAAUUUGCCAGUCAAAAGAGCAUUCUUCAUCUCCAGAGAAGAUCCUAUCUCCUUUUUCACAGAAAUAUCAGGCUUGCAGAGCAAAUCUCCAAAGUACCAGCAAACUGACCCUUUUUUCAGAAAUGGUUUAUAGCCAAGAGUUGAAUUUACCAGAAGGAGUUGAGAUAAUAAGUGUUAAGCCUUCAGCAGGACAUCUGAGUUCUUCUUCCAUAUAUCCCGUCUGCAGUGCUCCUUAUUUGUUGGCAACUUCAUGCUCAGAUGAGAAAGUAAGAUUCUGGAGAUGCAGAGUAACAGGUGUAGAAACAGCUACAUCAAAGAAUGGGCAAAUGGAUCUUGUAUACAUUUGGGAAGAAUGGCCAUUACUUAUUGAAGAUGGACUUCAGAGCAAUAGUAGUAUAUCUAUACCUGGCAGGCCUAUAGAAGUUAGCUGUGCACACACAAAUCGUUUAGCAGUAGCUUAUAAGCAACCUACAUAUACUAGUAGAACUUCUCAGGACUUUAUGAUGCAUGUAAGUAUUUUUGAAUGUGAAUCCACAGGAGGUUCAUGUUGGAUUCUUGAACAGACAAUUCAUUUAGAUGAGUUAAGCACAGUGUUGGAUUCUGGUAUUAGUGUUGAUAGCAAUUUAGUGACCUAUAAUAAACAAGAGAUGUAUUUGUCCAAUAAAGACAGUAUCACAUCAAACACAAAGCACUUAGUUCAUUUAGACUGGAUGUCUAGAGAAGAUGGUUCUCAUAUUCUGACUGUGGGAAUUGGAUCAAAACUUUUUAUGUAUGGACCACUGGCUGGCAAAGUACAAGAGCAGACUGGCAAGGAAAACUUGGCAUUUCCACUCUGGGAGUAUGCUAAAGUUGUGCCUCUUCCCAAGUUUGUACUGUUACGAAGUGUGGACUUGAUUUCUUCUGUAGAAGGCUCCCCACCUUUUCCUGUAUCUUUAUCAUGGGUUCGUGACGGCAUCCUUGUGGUAGGAAUGGACUGUGAAAUGCAUGUAUAUUCCCAGUGGCAGCCAUCUUCUAAACAAGAACCUGUUAUAACAGAUUCAGACAAUGGGAGCACUCCAUCUUUAGUAAGUUUAAUAAAACCUAGUAAUUCAUCAAGUUUUGGGUUACCUCAUCCAAAGAAAACUCUGACUCGUUCCAUGACCAGUCUUGCACAGAAAAUCUGUGGAAAGAAAACUGCACUAGAUGCUUCGGUAGACUUAGAAGAUUCAGGUCUGUUUGAAGCAGCUCAUGCACUUUCCCCAACUUUACCUCAGUACCAUCCUUUGCAGCUUUUGGAACUCAUGGAUCUUGGCAAAGUUCGGAGAGCAAAGGCCAUCUUGUCCCAUCUUGUCAAGUGCAUUGCUGGGGAAGUUGUGGCUCUGAAUGAAGCUGAGUCCAACCAUGAGCGCCGCCUUAGAUCUCUCACUAUCAGUGCUAGUGGAAGCACUACGAGAGACCCCCAAGCAUUCAACAGAAGUGAAAAUACAGAUUACACAGAAAUAGAUUCUGUCCCUCCACUUCCUUUAUAUGCUUUACUUGCAGCAGAUGAUGAUAGCUGUUACUCAGCCUUGGAGAAAUCUAGUAAUCAGAAUCCAUUAAAUAAAUCAAACCAACUGCCAAAUGAAAGUUACGAUGAGCUCUUUCAGAUCUCUGCUCUGACAUCUGAUAGUCAUGUGUUAGAGACAGAGGAAGAAAAUACAAAAGCCCAGGUUAUUGACCUUUCACAGUACAGUCCAACAUACUUUGGUCCUGAGCAUGCUCAGGUUCUUUCUGGCCACUUACUUCAUUCUAGUUUGCCAGGACUCAGCCGGAUGGAGCAGAUGUCAUUAAUGGCCUUAGCAGACACAAUUGCAACCACAAGCACUGAUAUUGGAGAAAGCAGAGACAAAAGCCAAGGUGGAGAAACUCUUGAUGAAUGUGGGUUAAAAUUUCUGUUGGCUGUUCGACUCCAUACUUUCCUUACAACAUCCCUUCCAGCCUAUCGAGCUCAGCUACUUCACCAAGGUCUGUCUACUAGUCAUUUUACUUGGGCAUUUCAUUCAGUAGCAGAAGAAGAACUGUUAAACAUGUUGCCAGCAAUGCAAAAAGAUGAUCCCACUUGGUCUGAACUAAGAGCUAUGGGUGUAGGAUGGUGGGUCAGGAAUACCCGCAACCUACGCAGAUGUAUAGAAAGGGUAGCCAAAGCCGCGUUUUAUAGAAAGAAUGAUCCUUUAGAUGCUGCCAUUUUUUACCUCGCAAUGAAAAAGAAAGCUGUGAUUUGGGGGUUAUAUAGAUCGCAAAAAGAUGCCAAGAUGACACAGUUUUUUGGACACAAUUUUGAGGAUGAGAGGUGGCGUAAAGCUGCUUUAAAAAAUGCUUUUUCUUUACUAGGUAAACAGCGAUUUGAACAUUCUGCAGCAUUUUUUCUUUUAGCUGGUUGCCUCAGAGAUGCAGUUGAGGUCUGUCUUGAGAAACUGAAUGACAUUCAGUUGGCGCUUGUAAUUGCAAGACUCUAUGAGUCUGAAUUUGAUACUGCUUCAACAUACAAAUCUAUAUUACGUAAAAAAGUUUUGGGAAUUGGUUCUCCUGUCCAUGAACUCAAUUCGUUGAAUGUAAAUACGCAUUGUGAUCCUUUCCUUCGGAGUAUGGCUUAUUGGAUUUUGGAAGAUUAUAGUAGUGCUCUGGAAACAUUAAUAAGGCAACCUGUCAGAGAGGAUCAUGGUCAAGCCAUGAUGUCAGCCUGUAAUCCUGCAGUUUUUAAUUUCUACAAUUAUCUAAGGACACAUCCUCUUUUGCUGAGACGUCAUUUUGGAUCUUCUGAUGCAUUUUCCACACAUUUAAGUUUAACAGGAAAAAGUGGAUUGUCAGGAACAAUUAAUUUAAGUGAAAGACGGUUGUUUUUUACUACUGCCAGUGCUCAUUUAAAAGCUGGUUGUCCCAUGUUGGCUUUGGAAGUAUUAUCAAAGAUGCCUAAAGUCAUAAAAAAGACAAAACUUUUUGGUAGAACAUCUAGUUUUCUGGAUACUAGUAAGGACUGUUCUCCUUCUUCUCCAUUAAAAUUGGACUUAAGAGAAGACAAGUCUGGUAUUGAUUGGUCACAGUCACUAAUGAAUGGUUUUGGAUCUUCUCCAGAAGGUUCUUCAGAGAAACAAUCAAACUCAACUCUCUCUUUUGACUGGAGUCAACCAAGUGUUGUAUUUCAGGAUGACUCUUUAGAGUUAAAAUGGGAUAGUGAUAAUGAUGAAGAAAAUGAGGACCUUCCUAUUUCAAUGAAAGAACUAAAACCUUCACAGAAAAGAAUAGGUAAAAAAAUAGAUGAAACAAGUUCUGAUUACACAGAAUCUUUCAGCACACUAGAUGAAAGUGACAUUUUAAGUCCUUCAGAAGAUAUCAUUGCAGUUCAGUUAAAAUUUAGAGCAUGUUUAAAGAUUCUCACAGUAGAACUUCGUACUUUAUCCACUGGGUAUGAAAUAGAUGGUGGAAAAUUACGUUACCAAUUGUACCACUGGCUUGAAAAGGAAGUGAUAGCUCUUCAGAGAACUUGUGAUUAUUGUUCAGAUGUUGAAGAAUUGCAGUCUGCAUAUGACGAAAGUGGAGAUGAAUUUAGGUUAAAUGAAAAUGCUGAAGAUUUGCUUCCCCAAACUAAAGUGAAACAACUGAGAGAAAGUUUUCAGGAUAGAAGAAAAUGGCUUUUGAAAUAUCAGUCACUCUUGAGGAUGUUUCUUAGUUACUGCAUACUACAUGGAUCCCAUGGUGGGGGUCUUGCAUCUGUGAGAAUGGAAUUGAUUUUGCUUUUACAAGAAUCUCAGCAGGAAACAUCAGAACCAAUUUUACCUAACCCUCUAUCAGAGCAAACCUCAGUACCUCUCCUCUUUGCUUGUACAGCCAGUGCCAAAACAGUAGUUGCCAAUCCAUUAUUGCACCUGAGUAAUCUAACACAUGACAUUUUACAUGCCAUAGUAAACUUUGAUUCACCACCGCAUCCUGAUAUCCAAAACAAUAAUGUGUAUGUAAUGCAUACAUUAGCAGCUUCACUUUCUGCUUGUAUUUAUCAAUGCCUAUGUGGUACUCAUAACUACAGUUCAUUACAAACAAAUCAAUUUACUGGAAUGGUGUAUCAGACUGUAUUGCUUCCCCGAUACUCUUUGAAAAUAGGAAGCUUAGAUGAAGCAGUAACUCCCAACACAUCACCAGCUCAAUGGCCAGGAAUAACUUCUUUAAUUCGACUUUUGAAUUCUUCUGGCGAGGAAGCCCAUCCAGGGCUUACAAUCUUGCUCUGUGAGAUUCUCACAGCAAUUUAUCUGAGUCUCUUCAUCCAUGGCUUAGCAACACAUUCUAGUAAUGAACUGUUUCGGAUUGUGGCCCAUCCUCUAAAUGAAAAAAUGUGGUCUGCUGUAUUUGGUGGUGGUGCGCAUGUUCCCAGCAAAGAACAGACACAUUCAAAAGCUUUAACUGUUUCUUCAUUAAUGGAAGAAGGAGAAAAAAAGAACAAACAUUUUAGGCCAUCAAAAAUGUCUUGCAGAGAAACUACUCCACUGACGUCUUCCUCACCUGCAAUAAGCCAGGAGUCACUGACAGUCAAAGAGAAGUUCAUCCCUCCUGAGCUCAGUAUCUGGGACUAUUUUAUAGCUAAGCCUUUUUUACCUCCUUCCCAAAGUAGAGCAGAAUAUGAUUCAGAGGAGAGUCUGGAAAGUGAUGACGAGGAUGAUGAUAUUUUAGCUUCAGAUUUCCAUCUUCGAGAACAUUCUAACUUGAAUUCAUAUAGUUGGUCAUUGAUGCGAUUAGCAAUGGUGCAGUUGGUGCUCAACAAUUUGAAGACUUUCUAUCCCUUUGCAGGUCAUGAUCUUGCAGAACUUCCAGUUAGUUCACCACUUUGUCAUGCUGUUCUAAAAACUCUCCAGUGUUGGGAACAAGUUCUUCUCCGACGACUUGAAAUCCAUGGUGGGCCACCUCAAAACUAUAUUGCAGUUCAUACCUCUGAUGAGAGUUUGUCAUCAGGUCCUGCAAUUCUUCGCCACAAAGCUUUGCUGGAACCUACAAACACUCCUUUCAGAUCCAAACAUCAUAUGGCACUUUCUGUGAAAAGGCUUUGGCAGUACUUGGUAAAACAAGAAGAAAUUCAAGAGACCUUUAUCAGAAAUAUAUUCACAAAGAAACGAUGUUUAAAUGAGAUAGAAGCAGAUUUGGGAUAUCCUGGAGGUAAAGCAAGAAUUAUUCAUAAGGAAUCUGAUAUUAUUACUGCUUUUGCUGUUAAUAAAGCAAAUAGAAACUGCAUAGCAGUUGCUUCCAGCCAUGACAUUCAAGAACUAGAUGUUUCUGGAAUUCUGGCUACACAGAUCUAUACUUGGGUGGAUGAUGAUACAGAAAUGGAAACCAAAGGCUCAGAAGACUUCUUGGUUAUACGUGCUCGUGAUGAUUUAACAGCUGUUCAAGGUACAACACCAUACACACACAGCAAUCCUGGCACUCCAAUCAAUAUGCCAUGGCUCGGUAGUACACAGACUGGCAGAGGAGCAUCUGUGAUGAUUAAAAAAUCCAUUAAUAAUGUCAGAAGAAUGACUUCUCAUCCAACUCUUCCUUAUUAUCUGACAGGCGCUCAAGAUGGAAGUGUCAGAAUGUUUGAAUGGGGUCAUUCUCAACAGAUAACCUGUUUUCGAUCUGGUGGCAAUUCACGAGUUACAAGAAUGAGAUUUAACUAUCAGGGAAAUAAGUUUGGAAUAGUUGAUGCUGACGGAUAUCUGAGUUUAUAUCAAACAAAUUGGAAAUGUUGCCCAGUUACUGGAAGCAUACCUAAGCCAUACCUGACUUGGCAGUGUCAUAACAAAACAGCCAAUGACUUUGUCUUCGUUAGUUCCUCAUCUCUGAUAGCUACCGCUGGUCUUUCAACAGACAACAGAAACAUAUGCCUGUGGGAUACUCUCGUUGCACCUGCCAACAGUUUAGUCCAUGCUUUCCCCUGCCAUGAUAGUGGAGCCACAGUAUUAGCAUAUGCCCCAAAACAUCAGCUGUUGAUAUCAGGUGGCAGAAAAGGCUUUACAUGUGUAUUUGAUCUUCGCCAGCGACAGCAGAGACAGCUUUUCCAGAGUCAUGACUCUCCAGUUAAAGCAAUUGCUAUUGAUCCAACAGAAGAGUAUUUUGUUACAGGAUCUGCUGAAGGGACUAUAAAGAUUUGGAGUCUUUCUACCUUUAGUCUUCUUCAUACUUUUAUCAAUGAACAUGCUCGGCAGUCCAUCUUCAGGAAUAUUGGAACCGGAGUGAUGCAGAUUGAAACAGGACCAGCAAAUCACAUUUUCUCUUGUGGAGCUGAUGGAACAAUGAAAAUGAGAAUACUACCAGAUCAGUUUAACCCAUUAAAUGAAGUGUUGAAAAAUGAUGUAAGAUUUAUGCUCUAA